AUGGAGGUCCUGGCACCCAGAGACUUUCAGCCACCCCUGGGAGAGAUGCAAAGAGACACCACUUUGCUGGUGUCCCCAUCUGUGCCCUUGACUUCAAACACUGCUGUGGAUGGAAACCAGGAGACCAGCACAUCAGGGGACACAAGCAAGAGUGAGUCUCAGACUAGGCCCGGCACCUGUCCCAAGAUCCAGAGGAAGCCCCAAAUGUCCAAGGUGAUUCUGAAGGCCAUGGCAGACAAGGGUGGGCACAGUCGGGUGUCCCUUGCUGCCCUGAAGAAAGCUGUGGCCACCACAGGAUACAACAUGGCCCACAACAGCUGGCGCUUCAAAUGUUCCAUCAAGAAUCUGGUGAACAAAGGCGUGCUCAAGCAGGUGAGCGGCAAGGGGGCCUUGGGCUCCUUCCGCCUGGCCAAGAAACAGGCCUCUAAGUCCAAGGUCAAGGCCAAGAGACUGCCACGGAGGCAGCAGAGGAAGAAGCCUAGGCGGAGGCAAUCCGGACAGCGGCGGGGUGGACAGCGUCAAUCACUGCGCUGCAGAAACGGCCACGAACGACCUUCCAAGGGAGUUCGCAGGGGGCCCAAAGGCCACCGCAAUUAA